AUCAGGUGCCUGGUGCCCUGAACCUAUUAACUGUGCAAGAUUUGUGCUUUGGUCCUCCUUUGAAGAUGUGAAGCAACGUCGAGUCUGAAAUUGGAAUUACUCAUAGACUGGAGGAAAUCUUAGUCCUUGUGAUACACAUGGACAUGCUGAAUUAUAAGUAAUUCUAGCUUCUUUUCCCCUCCCCUCCCCUUCCCUUAUUCAGCUAUCUCAGGGUUCAUAGAGAUUUCAAUGGUUUGUGUGCCUGUAAGUUUGGAACAGAAGUGACCAAAAAUGGGGGACCAGCAAUUGUAUAAAACCAACCAUACUGCCAACAGCAACGAGAACUUGUACUACCAACAACACCAAAUGAACUCCCUUCCAUCCAUAAAUCACAGUUAUGGGACAUCUGUUAUGGAUGCUCCUCAGGCGUCCCCGCUCUCCCCGCAGUUUCCCCAAGAUUCAAGAGACAGUAUAGCUUUGCCUGUAGGGUCAAAAAGUCUUGGGUCAAUGGACACAUCUAGACAAACAAGUUGGACGCAUUCUGUCUCAGGAAACCAUGUCUCUUUAAGGAACAAUUUGAAUAAUCAAAAUGCAAUGUGGAGCCCACUGGGCCAGGGGGAGUCCCAUGACGGAUACCAAUAUUCUUAUUCUCAACCUGCUGAAAAUCGAUCGCAAAAAAUUACCAGUGGGGUCCUGCAUAAAUUGGACUCCUUUACACAAGUCUUUGCUAGCCAAAAUCUGAGAAUUCAAGUCAACAACAUGGCUCAGGUUUUGCACACUGAGUCUUCGCUAGCAGAUAAUUCUGGAGAUAGUGCACUCAGGCAGCUGCUCUCUCAGAAACCAGCAGUUGAGCAACAGCCUGUAACUUCCAGCGUGCAACGAUACCAACCGGUGCCGCAGCAAACACACCCGAAUUUUGCAAAUGCGCAGCAAAAGCAACAAAUGCAAGUCAUGCAGCACCAACAGCUGUACUAUGACUACCAGCAGCAUUUAUCACAAAUGCAGAUGCACUCUGCAUUUCAGCAAGGACAGCCACAUGUUCAACAAAUGCAGUCUCCGCAGCUCUUGCCGCAGCAGAUGCAGCACUUGCCGCAGCCUCAGUACUACGCUCAGCCGCAGCAGGGGCAUCCGCGGCUCUCGAUACCGGAGAUCCAGCAGCAGCAGCAGCAGCCAGCUCGGCAGCCACCACAGAGGCAGUGUCCAAUGCAAAUAGCUCAGUAUUACCAAACGCAAUCUGUCAUGCAGCAGCAGCAGCAACAGAUGCAAUUGCAGCUUCCUCCAUACCACAGGGAAGCCGACCCAAAGACUAUGCAUGAACCACACCAGUACUCUCAGGAUCCAGGUCAUCCUGUGCAGCUCAUCCAGUUGGGAGCAGUGCCUCAGUAUUGCUACCAAGAUCCCCAUGAACAGUACAGGCAUUUGUACCCACAGAGUUUACUGCAGCAGCAAGAGGAUCAGCAAAAGCAAUAUCCGAACGAGAGCCGAGGUCCCUCUCUGAACUCUCACGUUGGCCUCACUCCACCAGAGACAGCGGAGGAUCCCGCACAGCAGGAGGCUAAUUCUGUAGGUAACACUGUUCCUCAUCGAACUCUUCUGCCACUGUCAGGAGCUCAUCUGAACAACAAAAACUCUCAGCAAGAUUCUCCCAGUACCAUGUGGCCUCAGAUGCAACUGUCAGAUGGCAGACUGCAGCCACUGUCCCCAGAACAAAGUGGCCAGAGCAGAGAAGCAUUUCCUGAGAGAGCCGAUGCGAAGAACAAGCUAACAUGUUCAAUAUGCUUGAAGGAGUUUAAGAGUUUGCCUGCUCUGAAUGGUCACAUGAGGUCACAUGGAGGAGUAAGAGCAUCUCCUAACUUCAAACAGGAUGAAGGAGAGAAACCACCACAGCAGCCGCUGCCUAAAGAGGUGGAAAGCCUCGCGCCCAUCGUCAUGCCAGUGUCUGUCCCUGUAAAGCUUCUGUCGCCCGAGCCCAGCACGCAGCCCUCUGCCAACUCUGCCACAGUCAAAGACAAGCCUGCCAACCCUGUGUCAGAUGACGAGAUGCCAGUUCUCGUGAAGAUGACUUGCUCUCCACCGUGCAGCCCCAAAGUGGCCAACCCCUGCUCGUCCGCUGAAACUAGCAAAAAAACUCCUCCAAGUGCUGCAAAAUUAGAAGAAAACUUCAAACCAUUGCAGGACAAGAAGAAGUAUCGGCACAGACCUGAACCUCUCUUCAUACCUCCUCCUUCCUUCAACUUCAGCAUGUCCCACUCGGGUGCCACCCUGUACCAGAGUCAGCUCCGCUCGCCCCGCGUCCUCGGGGAUCACCUGCUGGAGCGGACGCACGAGCUGCCCCCUUACACUCCGCCCCCCAUGCUCAGCCCCGUGCGGCAGGGCUCUGGCCUCUUCAGCAGUGUUAUCACCUCGUCUCACAGCACCUCUCAUGCUCAGCUGCCCCUCACGCCGCUGACUCCCACUCCACGGGUACUGCUGUGUCGCUCGAAUAGUAUUGAUGGAAGUGUCAUUCCAGUGACGCCUGGGCCUGGAGAACAGACUGUUGAACCGCGAAUCAAUAUUGGGUCCAGGUUCCAGGCUGACAUUCCUGAGCUACAGGACAGAUUGUUGAUGGAGAAAGAUGUGCACAAGGCUACUUUGGUUUGGAAACCAUGGCCAGAACUGGAGAAUAAAGUCUUCCAACAAAGAGUGGAAGACCUCUUAAAUAUGAGCUGUUCCAGUGUGUUACCUGGUGGAGGAACUAACUCAGAAUAUGCUUUGCACUCUCUCUUUGAGGCUAAAGGAGAUAUUAUGGUUGCCCUUGAGAAGCUGCUGUUGAGGAAGCCAGUGAGAUUGAAGUGUCAUCCUUUGGCGAAUUACCACUACGCGGGCUCUGACAAAUGGACACAUCAAGAAAGAAGACUGUUCAAAGAGGCUUUGUCUACCUACAGCAAAGAUUUUAUAUUUGUACAGAAAAUGGUUAAGUCUAAGACAGUUGCACAAUGUGUGGAAUACUACUAUACUUGGAAGAAAAUCUUGCGUUUGGGACGGAAACACAGAACACGCUUAGAGAAGAAAAGAGAGGAAUGCCUGACAAGUGGAGAGGAGGAGGUUCUAGAGGAAGAUGAGGAAAUUGAAGAAGACAGAAAGGGAGAGAGAGAACUGCAGAAAUCUCCUGACCCACCUGCUAUCCCUCUUGUUGGACCUAUAGAUCUGCCUGCCCUUCAGAGUCUCACGCUUUCUUCAUCCUCCUUCAUCUGUGAAAUGCCAAACUGUGGCGCUGUGUUCAGCUCCCGGCAGGCGCUCAACGGCCACGCUCGCAUUCACGGAGGUACGAACCAGGUGACCAAAACGCGAUGCCCCGUUCCAGGCACUAAGCAGAAAUCCGGUACGCAGAGCGGAUACUGCUCCAUCAAGAGCUCGCCUGCCCACAGCACAACAAGCGGCGAGACUGACCCAACGACAAUUUUUCCUUGUAAGGAGUGUGGCAGGGUGUUUUUCAAAAUCAAAAGCCGUAACGCUCACAUGAAGACUCACAGACAAGAAGAACAGCAAAGGCAGAAGGCUCAAAAAGCUGCUGUAGCUGCAGAAAUGGCAGCCACUAUUGCAAGAACUACUGGGCCCGUUGGGCAUGGUAUGAUCCCUCUGGAUCAUAUGGGUUUGGUUAAACACAUUGAAAAUGUAGGUGAUGUGGAAGAUGACGUUGUUCCGGAGUUAGGUGAUGUCAUGGAAGAGAACGAAGUCGUGGAUGCUGACCUCUUACUAGAUGAUGAAGAUGCAGAUCUACUGCAGGAUGAUGCCGAGCUGUAAAUAAGAGUCUUUCGAUGGACAGCUACUAAACACAACCUGAAUGCAUCAAUCAGGAAACUUGGACUGCUUGUUUAUUCCCCACUGAUUGUAAACUACCUGUUGAAAAAUGGUAAUUCUUUAUCCAGGUCUAGAAAAGAAAUCCGCUUUUUUUUUUUCUUUUUUAUUAAUUUGUGUUUUGGGGCAAAAUAAAUAAUUGGUACAAAUAUU